AUGAGUUGCUUCCUCGGCACUGUACUUAACAGAACCACCUCCAAGAAGAUUUCGGUCUUUAUUGCCACUACUAGACCAGACUUCAUACGCCUUCAUGAUGCUAUCGACCGGAGACAAAAGAAGCUUGCUUUUGAUACGAUUAAGUGGCGCUUCGAGAGGGGCUCUCUGUUCAAGGACAACGACAUGAAGCGGAUAGGUGGACUCCACAUCACACAUUUACUCCACAGAAGCCCAAGCGACUCCAAUCUCCAUUACAAUCUGGAUGCUACAACUGAAGGUGGUAAAAAGGUUAAAGACGUACACGUCCCUGAGGACGAAUCUAAGCAGACAGGAAGUUUCCUACUCCAUAUCCCCUCACAAAUUCACAGCUAAUCGCAUAGUAUAGAAACCUAACUAGAAAUAUUGCUCGGACCUCAACACUUAUCCAAGUGGACGCGGAGUAUUGUUCGCUCUUUAAUAAGUAAUUUCUGUCAUAAGACAAGCAGCUUGCAUCUAUCUCACUGCUGUCGUUCUUUUCUAUGAGCUUACCCAUAUUUGCCCCUGCUUAGAAUUCGUUAACGUCUAGG